CAGAUCAUAGCAGCAGCGGAAUUAAAGUGAGUUUGUUGGGGGAAGAGACACACUGCUUUACUAAUCAUUCAUAAUAUGAUUCCUGCCGUGGGCCACAUGCUUUUUUUGAUUUUUAUUUUUGGAUCAUCAUAUGCAUUGAUUCCAAAAUGCUUCCAGAUGAAAGCAGAAAUCUACCACCUCCGGCAUUUGCCGGUCUCGGAAAAUAAUGUAACAACUCUGACAGAUGGUGAUGGGCUUUACGAUCCAGAGUGUGAACCUAAUGGACUCUUCAAGGCCAAGCAAUGCAAUGACAGUGACGUGUGCUGGUGUGUAGACGGUGCAGGUGAGCGACGGUCUGACAACGGCGACAGAAACCUGCAGUGUGAGGAGCUACUUGGGCCAAAUUGGGUACGAAUUGAAAUGAAGCACAAAGAGACCAGCAGCCCCUUGGAGCUGUCCCAGCUGCAGAGGGCUUUUGCCAGUGCCAUUCCAAAACGAGACAAUGUAGACCCAAAUCUGGACAGCAAAACUGAAAUCAGGUAUGACAUUGAUGCGCAUCUCAUUACCAUGGAGGUGAUGGAAAACGCGGAUGAUCAGACACAGGAUCUGUCUUUAUUGACCUACUACAUAGAAAAAGAUAUUGUGGUGCAUUCACUUUUGAAUGACCAAAUGACGUUUGAACCAGCAGUCGAUGGUGUAAAACUGGAGCUUGAGAGCAUCAGGGUUUACCAUAUGGAUAAAAACGAACCAACAAAUAACAUGCAAAUGCUCACAACAGGCUUUCUAACUGCCACUGGUGUGUUUAUCCUGGCAGUUUGUGUUGGGCUCCUCAUUCUGUUCUUACUUAGAAGACAAAAGAGGGGCCAAUAUGAAAAAGCCCAGACAAAUGAAAUGGAGGAGAUUUAGGCCCCAAGCUGUACUUCGAGCUGGUGAAAAACUAUGACACAAAACAGUUGUAUCAUUUUAUAUUUACACUAUUGUCACCUUGCAUCUCUGCAUUCAUCCUUCACCACUGCUAAAUGAUAUCUUUUUAAUUUAUCCUUUCAAAAGGUUCUACACUAUACUGAGACUGGAUUUGUAUUGUGUAUUUAAUAGUACUCAUCACCAGAUAUUUGACAA